UAGAUGGCUACAAUAAUUGGGGGAAACGUGUGCUCUUGAAGAUGAGCUCCCAAGAUGAUCAAACAGGUCUGUCAGCGUCCUCAGACCAGGGACAUGAAGAAGUUGAUCAUGAUUGUACCGUUAACACGGACCCAAAACAGGGUGCAGUUGUAUGUCUCGGCAACAAUGAAGUGAAGAGCCGUGCGGUGGUGAAAUACUCCGCUGCCCCACCCCCCACCUCCUAUGCACUCCUUCAGGAGAAGACGGAUCUCAAACUUCCACCAGCCAACUGGCUGAGGGAGAGUGCUCAGCUUGGACCUGCCGGGACCACAGUGCUGGGCUCCAGCAGCAAAAGCAAGCCCUUUUCCAGUUUUGGAAUGGCAUAUGAUUUUAUUGACUCCAUUGGGAAUGAUGUGGAUGUGGUGUCUGAUUCAGAGAACAUCAAGAAGUUGCUGAAGAUACCCUACAGCAAGUCCCAUGUUAGCAUGGCUGUACACCGUGUGGGCAGAACUUUGCUGCUUGAUGAGCUUGAUAUACAGGAACUCUUUAUGAGGUCAUCACAGACUGGAGACUGGACGUGGCUGAAGGAGUUUUAUCAGCGAUUCAUUGACCAGAAAUGGCAGAGGAAGAAAAAAAGCAAAGAGCACUGGUAUGAGAAGGCCAUCCUCUCCAAGUUCCUCUACUACAGUAUAAACGGUGAUGGCGCCGCCGAACCCGUCCCCACAACCUCAGACAGCGGUGCUGACGUGCAGGAAGGCUGUGGGACAGAGUACGGCCCGUCUUGGCCCGCCACGUUCAGCGGCUCCGCCUCCAGUGCCGAAGAGUCGACUAUUCCCAAAGAGGGUUUGAGGAAUGACUUUGUCCGGAAUAUUCUCUGGACAUUUGAAGACAUUCACAUGCUAGUUGGAUCAAACAUGCCCAUAUUUGGAGGGGGGCGGUACCCAGCUGUCAGUUUGAGACUCAGGGACAACAACAAGCCCAUCAACAUUCUUACGGGAAUAGAUUAUUGGUUGGACAAUCUGAUGUGCAACGUGCCUGAACUUGUCAUGUGCUUUCAUGUGAAUGGCAUAGUUCAGAAAUAUGAAAUGAUAAAGACAGAGGAUAUUCCCGACUUGGAUAAUUCCACAUUUUCCACGCGUGUUGUGAAGGACAUUGCUCAGAAUAUUCUCUCGUUUCUCAAAUCCAACUGUACCAAAGAAGGUCAUACCUACUGGCUAUUCAAAGCGAGCGGCAGUGACGUCGUGAAAUUGUAUGACCUCACAACACUGUGCGAAGAGGCAACAGAGGAGAAAUGCCAGAAUCCUUUCACACUUCCUGUAGCUGUACUGCUCUACAAAGUGGCCAGUAAUAUGAUGAUGAAGAAGAGUCAGAACAGGAAGCAUUAUGGAACAAUCAGAACUCUGCUCCUCAACUGUGUUAAACUGUUAGAUGAAGAGAGGCACCCUCAGAUCAUCGCUUCGGCGAACUACAUGUUGUCUGAGUUGUUCCAGCUGGACGAGUCAAGCGAGGAGGAAGACAGAGGAGAGUCGCUGCGGGGCGGAGGAUCAGAAGACAGCUACAGUGAGGACGAGGAGGAGGAGGAGGAGGACGACGAAGAUGAGAGCGGCUCUUACGGCACCUCCUCGGAGCCGCAGGACGACAGCAAGGCGGUGGCGGUGAUCAAGUCCGUGGGCGAGCUGUCCGUCCCAGAGAAGUACAAGUCCACUCACCAGAUCAGACCCAGUUGUGCAUUCCCUGUCUCCCAAGACAAAGAGGAGAGAUGUCGACAUGUUCUCAGCUACGUUCUGAAGGGACUAAAAGCAGUGGACAGCAGUAUAAAGAAGGAGAGUGACCUUCCGGCGGCUGACCCCAGUACUCCCAUUCCUCUGAAGUACGAGGAGAGAGAUCAGAGUGGGACCCGGGCCGUGGAGAAGGAGAUUGCACUUCUUCUAAACCGAGCUGGUCCGUGUCCAGGGGACAUGAAGCUCCCUACUCGUUCCGGAAUGCUCCCUGGAUCCUGGCAGCACCGGCUGAAAUUGCAGCUCUUCCUAAAGGCCGCGAAAGCCUACUAUGUCCUGUCAGACGCUGCCACCAACUUACUGAAGUAUGGCCGAGCGUUACGCUACAUUAAGCUGGCGCUGCAGUGCUAUGAUGCCUACUGUGCCAUCAGCAGCACGCUGCACGCUCGUGUUCUGCUCUUUCACAGUCAGUGUUUGUCCCUGUGCGGGGAUGUGCAGCUGAUGCUGGCCCAGAACUUCUCCAACAGAGCAGCUUAUCUAGAGGAGUACAGCUAUCAGACCAAAGAGGACCAAGAAAUCCUCCACUGUCUCCACAGAGAGAGCCCCUGUCAAGCCUUUAGCAUGGCUACUGACCUGGGCACUGACCCUGAAUACCAGCUGUUUGUCAGUAGUAAGUGUUAUGAGGCCGCCCACGACCUUUUGACCUCUGAGGAGCUGAAGGAGCUCGGGUCAGACCAGCUGGGUCAAGUUCUCAAACGCCUGGGGAACAUUCGUAACGAGGUGGGCGUGUUCUAUAUGAACCAGGCAGCAGCUCUGCAGACUGAGAAAGAAGCAAAGAGGUGUGUGAGUGUGGCAGAGCAGGAGUUGUGGAAGAAGAGUUUCUCGUGUUUUGAGAAAGGCAUGAAGGACUUCGAGGCCAUCUCGGACACAGUGAACAUGGCACUGCUGUUGUGUAACAUUGGCAGACUGAUGAGGAUCUGUGCGCAGGCGCACUGCGCCAUGGCAACCGAGCAAAGCCGUGGAGAGUUAUCACCAGAGGAGGCGCUCUACUACAACAAGGCAAUAGACUAUUAUCAGAGGGCAAUGAGGUGUCUAGCCUCUAGAGAGAGCCAUCCUGCUGUAUGGGACUCGGUGAACUGGGAACUUUCCACCACCUACUUCACCCUGGCCACACUACUGCAGGAUUAUGCCCCACUGUCCCGAAAGGCCCAGGAACAGGUUGAGAGAGAGGUGACCGAAACAAUGAUGAAAUCACUGCGUUAUUGUGACCUGCAGACCGAAUCUCCCAGACAGCCUCUCUACCAGUACAGAGCAGCCACCAUCCACCAUAGACUGGCCUCCAUGUAUCACAGCUGCUAUCGCAACCAGGUAGGAGAUGAGAGCGGGCGAAAGCAGCAUCGGUCCCUGGCGGAGCUCCAUUACAGUAAGGCUGUGCGUCUGUUCCUCAGUCUGACUGACGCGCCCUGUGAACUCCUGCGAACGCUGCUGGAGAGAGUGGCUUUUGCUGAGUUCACUAUGGCAGGACAGAGCAGUAGUGCAGUAAAGCUGAAAACUCUGACCGGGGCCCUGGAGAUUAUGAAGGAAACCCAUCAUGCCUUCAGACUCAUUCUGAAAGAGCUGCAGGAGCAGCAACAGAGAGAGAAGACUGGGCAAUCUGGAGACACAGAAGAAAACUCAGACGGCUUAGACACUGUCGCCUCCUCAGAACUGAACACAGAGGAAGUGAUCAAGUUGAUUGGCGUCUUUGAGCCCAGUUUCUCCUUCCUGCUGCUGCAGCUUGUUAAGCUCAGUUCUACGACGAAACGUAAAGUUAGUGGUAAGGAGGAGGAACUGGUAAAGCUGUAUAAACAGGUGUACUCCCGGCUGUUACGAGCAGAUAAAACUGCUCCCCUGAUUGAGAGAGUGUCUCUGUACCUGGAGUUGCUGGAUGAGCUUACGCCACAGACGGGAACCACAGACUCAGGACCAGCACCUUGACUAUGAUCUC